AUGGCAAUAGAAAUACUGUCAACUUCAUUGGUCACCUUCUCCUCUGCCACCCAACGGACCACCAUGUCGCUUAAUGCGACGUUCACUAACGUCCCCUUCCUCCAUGACAUCUCCUAUGGGGUCUUGAAUGAUUUCAAUGUCGUGAAGUCGGCGUCCACCCUUGGGCUUGCUUUCCUCGCGUUCUACGUCUAUCGUCUCUUCUUUCCGAACGCGAAAGGAUCGAUCAAGCAGCUUGGCGGUUUCCCAGUGGUAACUGCAUGGACGUUUUUCAGCAAGAGGUCGGACUUCCUAUGGAGCCACUUCAAACGAUCAGAGGAACCGCAUUUUAGGUUCCAGGUCCUGCAGCAUCAAGUCGUGGCUCUGAGAGGAGAAGAGGGACGUAAAGCAUUUUUCGACACCAGAAGCUUGGAUUUCACCGAAGGCUACAAAAUUCUUAUGGGUGCUGCCCCACGCCUCAAUGACAUCGACGUGGAUAUUAAAGACACUGGCGACGUCUCCUGGUUCAACAAGCAGAUCCUUACUCUACUGAACAAGAAACGCCUGACAGAUGUUCUACCUACCCUGCUUGGGGAUAUCAAUAAUCGUAUGAUUGGCUGGGGCAAGCAAGGCCGGUUUGAUCCCUUCAAGAACAUAUAUGAUCUCGUAUUCCAGAUGACCGUCCGAAUGGCCAGUUGCUCCGAACUGGCGAACAACAGGGAAGUUCUCGACGAGAUGCAGAAUCUUUAUUGGCAGCUGGAGAGGAGUGCCACCCCGACCGCUCUGCUCCUACCUUGGUUCCCAAGCCCUGCGAAGAGAAGAAAAGAGGCUGCAACGAAGGCUCUUUUCGAAAAGCUCCAUGGCUUUGUCGAGGAUCGAAGGAACGCAGAAGUCCCUUCGACUGAUGCGGUUGAUGUACUGAUUGCGCAAGGCCACACGAACGUCGAUAUUGUGGGCUUCAUUUUAAGUGUCAUUUUUGCUGGCGUGAUUAACACUGGCGUCAACUCUUGCUGGGCCCUCGUCUACCUUGCCUCACACAAGGACUGGAAAGCCAAAGCCAAGGCUGAGGUUGACGCCCUUAUCGAAAAGCAUAUCGGUACCUCAUCCGCGGAAAAUCUCUCGAAACGACUCGCCUCUAUUCCUAUCUCGGCCUGGGAGGACGAAAUGCCUGUCAUGGAAAGCGUCAUCCGGGAAACUCUCCGCAUGACCAUCACGGGAACGGCUCUGCGCCGAAACCUCCUCGAGGAGCUCACAGUCUCGAACGGAACGAUCCAGAAGGGUGACUUUGUCGCGUACAGCCUGGUCGAUGUGCAUCGGGAUUCUGAAAUCUACUCCAAUCCGUACGAGUUCGACCCUCGUCGGUUCGAUGCCGGACGGGAGGAGGACAAGAAGGCGACGUUCGCUUUUAUGGGCUGGGGUGCUGGGCGUCAUCCUUGCACCGGUAUGAAGAUCGCCAAGCUGGAAAUCAAGAUAAUUGUCGCCAUGAUGUUGGCUGGCUUCGACUUCGAUGUCGUCGACAAGACCGGCGAGCACAUGACAAAGAUCCCAGUUCCCGACAGAAACGACAUUCACCAGGCUCGACCUGUCGGAGAACCCUGCUUCUUCCAGUUUAAGAGAAUCGUAGAUUGA